AUGGCCGGUCUCGCCCUCUUGAGCGUCGCCCCACUGCUAUCAGCAACGGGAUCGAUCAUGUUCACAAUCUCCGAGGACACCUUCAUCCGGCCGCUCAUGCGCACCGCCCCGACCCCAGCCGAGAGGGAGGCCCGCCGACACGCCAAUCGCAUCCUUCCAAAACUCAUGGGCUUCACCCGCAACGGUCUCGCCAUCAUCUUCACUACCUACCCUAUCAGCCUGUCUGCUGACGCCGCCAGGAACCCGCGUAUCGCGGCGGGCUUCUACCUGGCGGGCCUGAUUUUCAGCGUGCUGCACAUGCCCUUUGGGCCGAGUGCGAUGCGGCUGCUCGAGUCGGUCCGUGAAGACAAGGGCGCUGCUGACGAUGUUACCCGUGAUAAUACGGCUAGCAUGCUGUCGUGGCUGCGUAUCAACACGAUCAGGGCAUGUGUAGCCGAUUUUCCGUCCUGGGCGUGCUACUUUAUGGCUUUUAUAUUCGCUAGUUUUUAG